CAGACUCACAAAAUUGGUAAAACAAAACAAAGUAAAUUUCAGAUUGCAACACUAGCCAGUAUCCAGAAUUAUACAGCAAGAACAUGCAAUUCCCACAAAACAUCUUUAAGGUGUUAUCGAAUUUAUCGUACAUGAAGCGAGUGACGAUGCUGGUUUUUCCCACCAAUUGGUCACCCAAGAACACCAACAUAGCUAAAGCUGAAACAGGAGCCAUUUCAAAAUCGAAAACGAAAGCAAAAGGAGGAAUCGGAAGAAGCUGAGAAAAAACCCGAUGGUUAGUGAAUCCGGACAUGCUGCGUCACCAUUCUUCAAUCUUCGUGCGGAUUUUGACAUGUUCAGUUCGCAGUGUGCGUUAUGUCUAUGGCACCAACCAUUCCCAAUGCGAAUGCGACGAGCCUCUGCUCCUACACUACUUAUCCAAUGGCUGCCACCACGAAGCGCGAAACCUCCUUCAAAGUUCCUCCCGAGGUGACCUUCACGCACGCGUGGUUCGCUGGACCAAGCUACUCUCCAACUUCUCCCGCCAUGGUUACGUGGCCGAAGCUCGCGCAUUGUUCGACAUAAUGCCUCACAAAAACCUCGUCACUAGCAAUACCAUGUUGACAGCGUACAUGCGCUCCGGCUUGCUCGACGAGGCUUCCCGGUUCUUCGAGACCAUGCUGGAGAAGAACGUUGUUUCUUGGACUGCCAUGCUAUGUGGGUUUUCAGAUGCGGGGAGGAUCNAUUUUUUUUCCAAAUUUUCUUAA